AUGGCUUACGAAUUAUUCGGAUUGCAUUGGAAUUUUGAAGUGAACCCUACUGAGCCAAGGCCUCUAUGGGAAUCGAACAAGAGAUACUCGUCCCAAUGUAAUAAAAGCAUCGUUCGCCAAAUUGGUAGCCGAUUACCUUUAAAGCCUCCAGAUAGAACUCAUUUUCAGCUAUGCCCAGAUGGUACUUCUACUAUCGAUGGCUUCUCUUCUCUCGCCCAUCAAAUGUUCACCAAUGAUGAAGAGAAAUUAAUGAAUCCUACUGCUACUUUAGAAGAUGUUGGUUGGUUAUUUGAAGAAGUCGAUGAAGAUGUUGGCAUAAUGUGGAGAUCAUCAACACUACCGUUGGCAUUAUUUGGUACUGGAUUAGACGAGAAGGACUUAGGUUGCGAAAGCAAUAUUAAAUGCAUAAUACAAUCACCAAGCCAAGCAAUUCUUAAGAAAUCCUCGUCACCUAAUACGCAAAAUCUUCGGAAAAUUACUGCACUGGAAGAUGAACUAGCUCGACUCAGGGAGCAAAUUUCAGUUUUGGUAGUUAAGAAUGAUCCUAUCGCUACUAAUGACAACAUUGCAAAAUCUAUACCUCAUGCUACAGUUCCAUUCACCGCUCCCGCGCCGCCACCACCACCACCCCCUCCACCGCCACCACCGCCGAUGGCCAAUGUAAAAUUAAUGCCAUCAAUAAAGUCUAAAACGAAGAAUACUACUGGAAAUACCUCUAAUAAUAAUAAUGAAAAUAAGAUGCCAACGAUUAGAGAUAUCGUAAAGGAUAUAGGUAAAGUCAAACUUCGACAAACACCAAGGUCUCCUGGAGGUACUCCGCUACACAGAAGGAAGCCUAAGACCAACCCUCAAGACCCUGCUUCCAUUAUUGCUGAAGCAUUAAAAAAAAAAUUUGCAAAGCAAAUGCAGACAUCAUGGCAAGAAUCUCCUGAUAAAGAGAAUCGAUCUUCCUCAUCUUUUCAAAGUAGCCCUAAAGCUUCUGAAUAUUGGUCAAAGACCGGUGCAAGCCCAAGAGAUUCUAAAAAUCGCAGUAACUUGUCAUUUAAUAAUCCGUCCUCACCAUUGGCUGUUAGAAAUGUGUAG